AUGGCUGAUGGGUCAAAGUAAGUCAACUUUUGCCUGCUAGAUGUGAAAAGACCAAGCUCAUUUGGGCUCAUUUUCACCCCAUCAGACUCACCUUGGACCCAGUAGGAUGGUGGAGGGGGUGCCCCAACUUGGAUCUCACCUAUGUUUAGCUUUUCACCCAGGAGAAGAUCCCAGGCUCAGUCCCUACCGGCAUUUCCAGGUGGGGCUAGGAGAGACUACCCCCCCGAAGCCCUGAAUUGCUCCUGCCAGUCAAUGUAGACAACACUAAGGUACAUGUAGCGAUGGGUCUUACUCACAGAAAGAAAGCAGCUUCUGAUGUUGCUCUUUCAGUCAGGCCUUUUACACAGAGCCACAAGGACUGGAAUCCUAUGGCACUUUGAAGGAGAGGACUGUCGCUCAGUGGGAAAGAGAAACCCCAGGCAGGCCUAGGAAAAUCCUUGGCCUGAAACUUUGGAGAGCCAUUGUUGCCAGUCAGUGCAGACAAUACUGAACCAGGUGGAGCAAUAGUCUGAAUCACUAUAAGUCAGCUUCCCAGGGGCCCUUGCAUGCAGAAUGCCUGGAGGUUCAAUCCCUGAAGGCAUCUCCAGGGAGGGUUGGGAUAGAGCCCUGCCUGAAACCCUGGAGAGGAGCUGCCGGUCAGUGUAGACAAUAGUGAGCUAGAUGGACCAAUGGUGUAAGGCAGCGCCCUAUGUUCUUUUUCCAAACAAAAAAACAACAACCAUUAAUUAAUUAUGCUAUUCAUCUUGAGCAAACAUUUCUCAAGAAAUCCCAUGCAAACAUACACACGCAUACACGCUCAGAGUAUGUAUUUCGGCAGCCUCCAAACAAAAGCACCCUAUUGUACUUGCUCACAUUCUUCUGGCCACAGAACCUUAGGGUUGCAAGGACUCCAGAGGGCCGUCUAGUCCAACCUCUGUUUGCUAGGUUUCAUUUAAAAUCAGGCAGACAAAAAUGGUGUUGCAGGGGGGUUGAGCUAGAUGACCCCUUCGAACUCUAUAUUUCUAGGACUUCUAGAACUGUUGUUCUACCAAGGAAGUUGGUCUUCUGCUGCCUCCUUUCUGUUCAUUAGCCUUAGCCUGAAUAUCUUGAUUAGAGAAAUAUAAGCAGCACAGUACUUAAUGGAAUACUUUAUUUUUUUAAAAAUGGUUUGAGUUCAUUGCCUUCCCUAUACUUUUGUUGGCAGAGUGUACAAGAAGACCUGCCCCAAUGGAAAGGUAAGACCACCGUGUAAAUAUGUAUUAUUUUAUUCUUGCAUUGCAGGGGGUUGGGUCUUUUCCAACCAGGGGUGUCAACUUGAAUAAAAUAUUGUGGGGGCCCAGGUGAGCCCCACCCCACCCUGCAUAAUCGAUCACACGACACAGUGCCCACACACCAUUUGAAUGGGAAUGCCCAUCAACUUUGCGGGAGCCUGGCCCUCUCAAAUAUUUUAUAGUGGGGGCUGACACCCCCAUGGCCCCUAGGCAUUGGCUCCUAUGCUUCCAACUCUCUGAUUCACUGAUUCUGAAAUUGAUGUGCCAUAAACAAAUAUUUGAGCUUUGGAAGUCUUGGUAGGGGCCCUCUUGGUAGCAUCUCCACCCUCAGAGGCUGGGGGGGGGGCCUUCUCUGUGUAGCCCCUGAGUCCCCCUCCCCCCAAGGGUACAUCAGGAAUCUUCAUUGCACAGCUUCUGGAGGAUGCUAAAGACACACUUCAUUGCCGCUGGGGUGUAUGUUUUUAGGACCUGCCUUAUUUUGAUGGCUGUAAGAUGCCAUAAGACUAAAUUUGCUAGCAGAUCAAACACUUUCCCCCCUCCUCCUGCCCAUCUAGCUAUCCAUCUACCUGGGGAAAAGAGAUUUUGUGGACCAUGUGGAUUCUGUGGAACCUGUCGGUGAGUGGUUUUCUUUCUAUCCCCUUGAGUCAUCUGGAUUUUCAGCUAGAAAGAUGGUGGUGGUUGAUGACGUUGCCUGUCUACCUGAUGACUUGCGGGGGCCAUUAAGCUCCAACUUGAGUACCCAUCUGUCAGGGCUUUUUAAGCUGUGAUUCCUGCAUUGCAGGCAUGUACAUGGCCCUUGGUUCCCUUCCCAAUCUACAAUUCUAUUGCCUGUAGAUCAUAGAAUUCUUGCCUUGUACAAGGUUGGGCUAAGGGACAUGGGGGGCGCUGUGGGUUAAACCACAGAGCCUAGGACUUGUCGAUCAGAAGGUUGGCAGUUCGAAUCCCCGCGACGGGGUGAGCUCCCAUUGCUUGGUCCCUGCUCCUGCCAACCUAGCAGUUCAAAAGCACGUCAAAGUGCAAGUAGAUAAAUAGGUACCACUCCGGCGGGAAGGUAAACAGUGUUUCCGUGCGCUGCUCUGGUUCGCCAGAAGCAGCUCCCUCGGCCAAUAAAGCGAGAUGAGUGCCACAACCCUAAAGUCAGCCACGACUGGACCUAAUGGUCAGGGGUCUCUUUACCUUUACCUUUACAAGGUUGGGCUAGACAACCCCUGGGGUCCCUUCCAACUCUACAAUUCUAUGAUUCUAUGAGUCUACAAUCUACCUCUCCCUCCUUGUUGAUCCGAUUCUCUUUUACAUGUAUUUGCAGAUGGGAUUGUCCUGGUUGACCCAGAGUACCUGAAAGACCGGAAAGGUAAUUUUCUCAUUGUCUUGUUUUUCCAGUUUUACUGUAUUUGCUUGUGAUGGAGACAAAAAUUUUGUAACAAUUUUCACUGCAAACACAUGAAUAUUUGGGAGAGACUUUAUCCCAGAAAUCGCUGGCUUAGUUCAAGGCAACUCUGCUCAGCCAUGAAACCACCUCUUCCUCCCUCCCACGCUUAUUGCCUCUGGUGCUAUUUAGAAGCUUAAAGUGGGCAAAAUGAUACAAAUAUCAGGCUUGUUGUCUGCUGCUCCAGUAGGGAGGACCCAAAUCAAUAGCUUCAAGUGCCAGGAAAGGAGAUUCCAACUAAACAUCAGGAAAAGCUUUCUGACAGUAAGAGCCAUUUGACAGUGGAACAGACUCCCCUGUAUGGUGGUGGACUCUCCCUUCAUUUGAGGUUUUAAACUGAGGUUGGAUGCCCAUUGGACGCCAGGGAUUCUUGUAGCUCUGAUUCCUGCAUUGCAUGAGGUUGGACUAGAUGACUCUCGGGGUUCCUUCCAACUCUACAAUUCUGUGGUUCUUCCUUUGUUAGAUUGUAUGGUUAAUCUUCAAACGAAAACACACACACACACAUAGCACAUUAGACCUGCUCCUGUACGAAUCCUGUUCUAGAUUUAAUUUACAAUCUGAAUUCAGAAACGUUCUCCAAACUAACCAUCAUCUCUCUUCCCCCUGCCACUGCUGUCCUUUCUCAACUCCCAUCUCCCCAUGUCCUCCUCCUCUUUUCCUCUCCCCAUCCUGCUGCCCCCUCCUCCACAGUGUACGUGACACUGACCUGUGCAUUCCGCUAUGGCCGCGACGACCUGGAUGUUAUUGGGCUCACCUUCCGGAAGGACAUCUAUGUCCUUACUGCCCAGAUGUACCCCCCUGUGCCUGACCAGGCCCCCAAGACGCUUACUCCUUUGCAGGAAAAGCUGAUGAAAAAGCUGGGGGAACAUGCUUACCCCUUCACCUUUGAGGUACACCUUUGACGCAUCUUCCUCUUCCCUGUGCAAGACCCCCAUCUUUUCCCCCUCAAUGGAAUCAUUGUUUUUAUAUCCUAAAAACAUGAUUAUAUGUAUACAUAAAUACAUAAGAAGAGCACUGCUGGAUCAGGCCAUAAGAGGCCCACCUGGUCUAUCACCCUGUUCUUACAUUGGCCUCUUUUGGGAAAUCAGCACUGCCUCUUAGGCUAACAAACCUCACCUCACAGGGUUGUUGUGAGAAAGGCGGAGAGCCAUAUAUGCCAACAUGGGUUGCUUGGGAGGAAAGGUGAAUGUGGGAAGAGCCCUGCUGGGUCAGGCCAGGGGCCCAGCUAGACUCCAGCCUCCUCUUCUCACAGUGGCCAACCAGGUGCCCCAAAGGCAAUACCUCAAGCAGGAUUUGAGCACAAGAGCCCUCUCCCCUCCUAGGGUUUCCAGCAACUGGCAUUCAGAAGCAUUGCUGCCUCCAACUGUGGUGGCAGAGCAUGGCCAUCGUGGCUAAUUGCCAUCAAUAGCGCUUCAUGAAUUUGUCCAAUCCAGGUUGGUGGCCAUUGCUGUCACCUGCAGGAGGAAAUUCCUUCCUUUAAUCUGUCCUGAACUUCCAACAUUCAGCUUCAUUGGAUGCUUAUGACGUCUAGCAUUAUGAGAGAGGGAGAAGAACUUUUCUCCAUCCACUUUCUCCAUGUCAUGUACCAGUUUAUAAACUUCAAUUAUGUCCCCUCUUACUUGCCUUUUCUCCAAACUGAAAGAUCCCAAAUGCUGCACCCUUUCCUCAUAGGAGAGUCACUCCACCCUCUUGAUAAGCUGAGUUACCCUCUUUUGCACUUUUUUCAACUCUACAACCUCCUUUUUGAGGAGAGGCAACCAGGGUUGUACACAGUAUAUUCCAAAUGUGGAAUAUUCCAAAUGUGGACUGUAAUCCUCAUACUGCCUCCUGUCCUGGCCAGCCCAACAAGUCAUUUGGGACAAGCAGCUCCAGAAGAAAAACUGCUUUUUAGAAAAGCGUAGACAUUAAAAGGGAAUAAAAUAUUAUUUAUUUUCUCUCUAGAUGGCAACCAACCUCCCCUGUUCUGUCACUCUCCAGCCAGGACCAGAUGAUGCUGGAAAGGUGAGCUGUGUGCGAAAGCAUCCAAGAAACCGGGAAAGCAAAUGGAAAUUAAAGCAUAUCUUAAUUUAGCUGUGAUACCUGCACUUCAGGGGGUUGAACUAGAUGACCCUCAGGGAUCCCUUCCAACAGUACGAUGCUAUGGUUCUAUGAACCCUUUUCUAUGAACCCCGAUGGGAUGGCUUUCUGUCCUCAAAACCACGAGCCUUUAAAGGCACUUCAGAACUUGGUUGUGUUUGUAUCAAGAAUUGCAAUUAGUAGUCCAGAGGCAUGACCCACCCUUAAUCUCUAACCAACUUUCUUCUGCAUUUUCUUCAGUCUUGUGGGGUCGACUUUGAGGUCAAAGGAUUCUGUGCUGAAAACCUGGAGGAGAAAAUUCAUAAGAGGUAACCCCUCUAGUUUGCUCUUCAGCUGAAAAUAAAUGAUUCAAAGAACAGAAUGAUUGGCUGGAGGGCCAUUUAGCUGGGGGUUCCUGCAUUGCAGGCAGCCAGAUAAGAGGACCCUUGGUGUCCCUUUCAACAUUGCAGUUCUAUGAUUCUAGGAAAAGGCUCUGAGAUCCACUUAUGUAAAACCAACAAGGAAAAUAAGACAGUUUGCAAUCUAUUAUUGCAAUCUGUUAUUAUUAUUCAUUGCAUUUAUAUCCCAAUUUUUUCUCCAAGGAGCUCAAGGUUACGUCCGUAGUUCUCCUCCCCACCCCUCCCCAUUUUUUUGCUCACAACAACCCUAUGAGGUAGAUGAAGCUGAAAGACAGUGGCUGACUCCCAAGGUCACCCAGUGAGCUUCCUGGCCAAGUGGUGGGGGAUUUGAACCCGGCUCUCCCAGGUACUUAUCCAACACACUAACCACUCCACCACGCUGAUUCUCUAGCAAUAUAGAUUAUAUAUAUUUAUAUGUUUUAUGGGCAGGGACGCGGGUGGUGCUGUGGGUUAAACCACAGAGCCUAGGACUUGCUGAUCAAAAGGUCGGCGGUUCAAAUCCCCGCGACUGGGUGAGCUCCCGUUGCUCGGUCCUUGCUCCUGCCAACCUAGCAGCUCGAAAGCAUGUCAAAGUGCAAGUAGAUAAAUAGGUACUGCUCCGGCAGGAAGGUAAACGGCGUUUCCAUGCACUGCUCUGGUUCGCCAGAAGCGGCUUAGUCAUGCUGGCCACAUGACCCGGAAGCUGUACACCGGCUCCCUCGGCCAAUAAAGCGAGAUGAGUGCCGCAACCCUAGAGUCGGUCACGACUGGACCUAACGGUCAGGGGUCCCUUUACCUUUACCUUUUACAUAUGUUAGGAACCCUUGCUGGAAGCCACAGGAAGGGAGAAUUGCUCUUGCACUUGGAUCCUGUUUGGAGGCUUCCUACUGGGGCAUCUGGUCAACCCCUGUGAUGACAGGAUACUGGGCCCCUUUUGGCCUGAUCUUUGGCCUCUUCUUAAUUUCUACUGAACUUGGAGGGAGGAUUUCUGGAAUAGAUGAAAGCACCUGCCUCCCACUGGCUUCUUCUUGGAAGAGCUGGAUGCAAUUUCUGCAUUGCAGAGGGUUGGCUUAGGUGACCCUUGGAGUCUCUUCCAGCUCUGCAGUUCUAUGGAAGAGGUAAAUGCCUCUCUCAAUAACACACGUCUUCUCUGUGCAGAAAUUCGGUGAGGCUGGUGAUUCGGAAGGUCCAGUUUGCACCUGCCCAGACAGGCCCAGCCCCAAAGUCGGAGACGACCAGGCAGUUCAUGAUGUCGGAUAAGCCUUUGCACCUGGAGGCCUCUUUGGAUAAGGAGGUGGGUGUUGCAUGUUGGCCUUUUGAGGCAUUCUCUCCCCUCCACCAAGUCUCUCUGCUCCGGAGUGCCCCAUGCUUAGUGAGACAUUAUUGACCCUUUAAGUGAGCCAAAAAUGUGAAGCAGCAGCAAAAACAAAACCAAACCAAAACCUAAUGCAGGUCUAAGCUGCAUCAACAGAAGUCUAAACCAAGGAAUCAAGGGAAGUCAUAGUACCUUCCACUUCUACAAGUCCAUUGCUUAACCACACCUUGAUUUGCAGUCAGUUCAUUUGGCCAAACGUCUGGCCUUUCUGAUCAAUUUCAUCAUUUAUUUAUUUAUUUCAAAAAAAUUAUACACCCCUGGGAUGUUUUUUUAAAAACAACAACACACCCUUCAGAGCAGUUCAUGAAAAAGAUAAAACAAUAAAUCUUAAUCAGUAAAAGCAACUCUGUAAAACAUUCAGAAGAUAAAACCAGCAAUUAAAUAAAAACAGAUUAAAGCAGACAUCAACAUUCUAAACAUGUGGACAGGCUUGCCUAAGCAAAACAGUUUUUAGCAGGUGCUGAAAAGGGUACAGUGAAGGAUGCUUUCAUGAUGUCAAUAGGCAGGGAGUUCCAGAGUUAAAGUGCUGCCACACUAAAAGACCAAUGUCUUACAAAUGAACAGAAGCAGUUGAGUGGGCAUAUACAUGUGGGAAAGCAGGCAUCCCCAACCUUUGGCCCUCCAGAUGUUUUGGACUACAAUCCCCAUCAUCCCUGACCACUGGUCCUGUUAGCUAGGGAUCAUGGGAGUUGUAGGCCAAAACAUCUGGAGGGCCACAUGUUGGGGAUGCCUGAGGUAAAGUGAUAUUGCAGGUAAAUUGGUUCCAUGCUGUUAAGGGCUUUGCACAUUAAUAGCAACACCUUGAACUUGGCCCCAUAGCAAACAAGCAGCCAGUGCAGAUCUCUGAGCACAGGGGUUAUAUUCUGACAAGGCCUUGCUCUCAUAAGCAAUUGUAUUGCAUCAUUCCGCAGUGACUUUAGCAGUAAUCCAGUCACUGCAAGAUGUACCGGUAGUAUGCAAAAUGGCGCAGGAGAUGGUUGCAGAAAUAGUUGUGAGUCCAGGAAAAGAUUGGGAUUUCCUUCCCUUCUUUUUCUCCAUCUUCAGCAACAACCCCCUGUCGUUUCAGAUUUAUUACCAUGGUGAUCCAAUUGGCGUUAAUGUCAACAUUAACAACACCACCAACAAGAUUGUGAAGAAGAUCAAAAUAACAGGUAAGGGCACCAAUAGAACCCUGAUUUGCAGGGGGUUGGAAGGGUCACCUUCCAACUCUACAAUUCUAUGAUUCUGUGUUAUCACCUCAAUAAUUUCUUUCUCUCUCUCUGUUUAGUUGAGCAAGUCACAGAUGUGGUUCUAUAUUCGCUGGACAAAUACACCAAGGCUGUCUGUUCAGAGGAGUUCAUGUAAGCACACAGAUCUCUAACCAGACCAGUGUGUCUUUGCACAGAUGCCUUCAACUUGUGCAAGGUCUUGGGUCUUCAUGAGGAAAAUCUGGAUCAGUGCCCCCCCCCCAAAAAAAAUUGAUGAUGAGGCACAGAGGAAGUCAGUCUCUUCUUUUGUUUUAAUUCUGCCCCAGGACCAUUUUCACACCCAUUGUGAAAAUGCUAACUUCUCUCAGAAAUGUCUGAGGAGUUCAACUUUUCCUGUGCUUAAUUUGUGUACUUACACAUGGAUAUGAGUCUAACACUUCACUCCACAUAAUGACGUUCCUUUUCGCUGGAGAGAGGGGUGGGGGUGGGAAGACAGAUGAGCCUACCUUGCAAGAGGGUUGUACUAGAGCUGUGUGCAAAAUGAGCUCUUGAAAUUCUCUACCCUAAUUAUUAUUAUUUUUGUGGGGUGGUGGGGGGAGAGAAAAAUUCUUCUACAACUUCUUGGGGAUGGGUCUCCUUGUUCAGAAUGUGGGAUGGAAGGACACGCCAAUUUCAAUUUCCCCCAACUCUCAUCUUUUUCAAUCUGAAAUCUGACUUUCCGUAUUUAAAUACAGUGGUACCUUGGUUUAAGAACAGUCCUGUUUACGAACGAUUCAGUUUACGAACUCCGCAAAACCGGAAGUAGUGUUGCAGUUUGCGAACUUUGCCUCACUCUAAGAAUGGAAUAUGAAUGGUGGAAGGGCACUGGCAGCGGGAGGCCUCAUUAGGGAAAGCGCGCCUCUGUUUAAGAACGGAUUCAGAUUAAGAACGGACUUCCGGAACGGAUUAAGUUUGUAAACUGAGGUACCACUGUAACAACAAAAAAUCCUGAGAUGUGAUUCCUCCAUUCUCAGGGGUUGGACUAGAUGAGCCUUAGGGAUCCUUUCCAACUCUACAGUUCUAUGAUUCCAUGAUUCUAAUAUUUUUGAGGUGUGUGGUUUUAAAUUGAGGCAAGGUGGGCUCCUUUAACCUCCUCCAUUGCUGUCCUUCUGCAGGGAGAACGUGGCUGCCAACUCCACCUUCUCCAAAAAAUACAGCAUCACCCCCAGCUUGAACAACAACCGAGAGAAGCGGGGUCUGGCCCUGGAUGGGAAGCUCAAGCAUGAGGACACUAACCUGGCCUCCACCACCGUGUAAGUCUGGACCCUGGGGAGUAUACUGGAGGCCGGAGAGGGUCAGGGAAUUGAGAGAGAAACUGAUUCCUUUUCUGUGUUGCCCAUUCUCUGCAGUGUGAGGCUGUCACCAACCUUUUGGGGCCCAGAGAAACACUUGUGUGGUGGUUAGAAUGUCUGACAAGGGCCUGGGAGAGACCGGGGUUCAAAUCCUCACUUGGCCAUGCAGCUCACUGGGCGUCCUUAGGGAGGGGCAGUCACUGCCUCUAAGCCCAGCUUCCCUCACAAGGUUGUUGGAGGGCGAAUUAAAUGAAAACGGGGAGAACUAUGGCUGCCACCUUGAGUUCCUUAGAGAAAAAGGCAGAAUAGAAAUACAACAGAUAAAUAAAUAAAUACAAAAUAUUGGUCAAAAAAGGCUUCUUCCAAGCCACAUUUUAGCAGACAGAGGGGCAGGGCCCUGAGACCACCUUGAAAGGCCUCUGCAGAUGCACCGGUGGGUGCCACAUUGACAAACCAUGCUCUUGACGACCACCAACCUGCGCGGCUUCAAAAGAGGAGUGUACAAAUUCAUGGGAAAAGGGCUACUGAUGUUACUAGCUACAAUGGCUAUGCUCUACCUCUAUAGUUGGAGGAAGAAAUUUUUCUGGAUUCGAGUUGUGGGAAGCCACAGGAGGGGAGAGUUGCUCUUGUGCCCGGAUCCUGCUUGUGGGUUUCCCAUAGUAGGCAUCUGUUCCCCACUGUGAGAAGGCAGUGCUGGAUUAGAUGGGCCACUGGCCUGAUCUUCCAGGCUCUUCUUAUGUUCUGAUAUUCUUGUCGAUGGUGACUCCUGUUUGAAUGUCUCCUGUUUUUUCUCCCUUAGUCUGAGACCCGGGAUGGACAAGGAGGUUCUCGGGAUCCUGGUUUCCUACACAGUGAAAGUCAACCUGAUGGUAUCCAGAGGAGGGUGAGGAUGUUUUCUAUGGGAGGAACUAUCAUUUCUGGGUUAUGUUGCCUUGUUAUUCUGUCCUGCUCAGUCUUGGCCUAGCCUGGUCAGGGUGAAUUUUUUUUGGAAAUUAUUUGAUUUCCUCUUUCCCUUUGGGAAUGUUGCAUUUCUGAAGAGAUAUGAGGAUGCACCCCAUAAAGGACACAUUUUAUUGGCUCAACCCUGUAAGGAAAGGCUGCAGCAUUUGGGGCUUACUAGUUUAUAGAUAAUGUGAGUGAGAGGCAAUAUGAUGUAAGUUUAUAGAAAUAUGUCUAGCAUGGAGAAAGCAGAGAGAGAAAGGUUUUUGUCCUUUUCUCAAAGCACCAGAACUCGUGGACAUCCAGUGAAGCCAAAUGCUGCAAGAUUCAGGACAGACAAAAUAAAGUUUUUCUUAGUUAAACUCCCACAGGAGGCAAUGCUGGCCACCAACUUGGAUGGCUUUAAAAGACGAUUAGACAAAUUCAUGGCGGAAGAAAAGGGCUAUUGAUGGCUACUGGUCAUAAUGGCUAUGCUCCUCCUCUACAGCUGGAAACAGCAAUGCAGUGGCAGAUCUUGGGGUCUCAAAUUUCAGCAGUGCCCUGUACAAUGCCAAAAUUCAGUACCCCUCCCCUUUUCGCACUCCAUCAUAAAUAAUAGGUGUGGGACCCCUGAGGCUCUGCACCCAGUGCAACCUAACCACCACUCACACUCCCUUAAAUCUGCUUCUGCAGCAAUGCUUCUGAAUGUGAGUUGCUGGAAACCACAAGAGGGAAGAAGGCCCUUGUGUUCAGAUCCUGUUUGCAGGUUGCUCAUUUGGGCAUCCGGUUGACCGCUGCGAGAAGAGGAUGCUCUUCUGUGUCUCUUGAAGUCUAUAUAGGUCCAAACAAUAGGUCCAGGCUCUGCCUUUGGUCUGUGAGUUCACAUGAAGCCCUAAGCGGUGGAGAACUGGAAGCCCAAGGGGCUCCCAACAGACCCUCUGAAUUGGCCUGGGUGCCCUCACACUGGGAUGGGAGGGAUAGCCUUCCCAAUGAAAGUUUCCACCUUUGUGCAGUCCUCCACCUUGAAUCUCCUCUUCUCUUUGCAGCAUCCUGGGUGAUCUCACAUCAAGGUAAGCCCCAAUUUACUGACCAUCGGCAUCACCUCAUCUGUGUGCCACUUUUCCACACUGCGCUCAAAGCGUCUCACAGCAUACAAAACGAACAACAAUAAUUAUAACGAUUUAAGGGAGGGAAACGUAUUAUGAACAAUUAGAAAUAAUCACAGUGUGAACAAAUAGCUGUGAUUCCUGCACUGCCGGGCAUUGCACUGAAUGUCCUUGGCUGCCCCUAGAAUUCUCUGAUUCUAAGCUUCUGUUUGUUCUCUGAGGCGUCUCCCAUUCAGUCCUCUGUCCUCAUCUCUUUUUCAGCGAUGUUGGUGUGGAGAUGCCUGUGGUCCUGAUGCAUCCCAAACCUGAUGAUUGUGAGUAAAAGGCUUUGUGCAGGAGAUUUGUGGGAGAUAUAAAACCAUCCCCACGGCUUUGUCACCAUUCAGAAAGACUUCUCUAAGAGUCUUUCUGAAUGGAAGCGCUAAGGACCUAUUCCCUGACCUUCCUCCUUCUCCCUAGAAUUCUCUUAGGCAGGCUGUGUACACAUGACCAUCUUGAAACACAGCUGGGUUGUCCUUUUUCUUAAUCCAGAUUGAAGCUGGCUUUGGAGGCAACUGCAUUAAAAUGCAUUAUUUUUUAUGAAACCACUGAAUGGCUAAUGUUGCGUGUGAACAUCUGGGGUCCCUUCCAACUCUACAGUUCUAUGAUUCCCAGCCCAGCACACUGGUUGCUGAGUAAAUGGAAGUGUGCACACAGCCACACAUUUUGCACCCAUUUCUAUUUCAGGUUCUUUAGGAACAAUAAUAACAAUGUGACUAAUCAGUGUACACCUCUCUUUUUUUCUUCCCUCCCUCUGAUGUGUGAAUCGUCAACAGCUACACCAAGGUAAGGAAAAAUUACGGUAAACAUUCCAGGCAGGGAGUGCCUGUUCAAGAGAUAUGAAAUAUCCACGAGUUCUCAUAUAUGUGUGCCUGCAGUUCUUGACUACCGCUAAAUGUAUUUUGGCUGUGAUUUCUGCAUUGCAGUGGGUUGGAAUAGAUGAUCCUUGGGGGGCCGUUCCAAUGCCAUGAUUCUAUGAUUCUACCACUGGCGUGAAUAGUUGCUGUCCUCCUUCUGCAUGCAUUGAACCUCAACUGAUUGCACAAACUGCAUUUCACUGCCACUGAAGUGUUCACUGUAAAUUUGAUGUCUCUGAAGAUGCCCCAAGACACUUUCUUAGGCUUUGCAUGUGGAGGAUCUGAAAACUGAUGGUUUGCUUUUUCCUUCUUUCCCCUCCCUCUUCUACCCUGCAAAUGGCUCAUCCUGGAUAUCUGCACUUACGUGUUCUGCUCUUCCAAGGAGGUAACUAGCUGUUCUUCUUUUCUUCUUUGUGGGGUCACUUAAAGCCAGAUCCACCUGAAAUGUCACCUCCUUCCCUAAAGACCCUCUUGGGUGCUGAAAUCGGCAGAGGGGGCCUUCUUGAUAGUUCCCUCAUCCAUCAGAGAUGGGGGAGUGGCCUGGCAGGUGGAGGGCCUUCUCUGUGGCAGCCCUAAGUGAGAAUCUCCCUCCCUACAGAGGUGCAUCUGGCAUCUGCAUUGCACAGUUUCCAGAGGAUGUUAGAGAUGCACCUCUUUGCCUUAGCUCUUGACACUCAAGCUGUAUAUUUUUAGGACACUCCUUAUAUUGUUAUUGGAAGUUGCUUUAAACACUUUUCAACAAUGUGUUUUGAUUUUAGGAUUUUAGGAUGGGCAAUAAAAUAAAAAUAUUAAUAUCUAUCAUUAUUUACUAUCAAUAUUAAUAUUCUUAACAAUACUUUUUUAUAUUACUAAAUACAAUAAUAUUUUAAUAAUAAUAUAUAAUAAAGUAAUAUAAACUAAUAACAGCAACAACAAAAGCUGAUUGAGAGAGCCUCUGGGGAACAUUAGAUGGGGGCUGAGGACCAUAGGUGGAAUAACAGAUCACCACAAUUGCAGGGGGCGGGGUGGACUAGAUGGCCCUUGGAGGUACCUUCCAAUCUACAAUUCUCUGUCCUCAAAGGCAAUGGGGGUGGGGAGACAAGGGCACCAACCUCUGCUCCCAUUGGAAGCUUCACCUUUUUCUGGAUGCAGCAAUGCUUCUGCAUCUCAGUUGCUGGAAACCACGGGGGUAUCGUGGUGUCUGUGUGUGCUGAGAUCCUGCUUGGUGGAUUCCACCAAAGAGUUAUCUGGUUGGCUACUUUGAGAACAGGUUGACUGGACUAAGAUGGGUCAUUGGCCUGAUUCAGGAAGGCUCUUCCUACAUUGUUUCAUUCUCUCAUUUCUUCCAGUGAGGAAGAUAUUGUGAUUGAGGAAUUUGCUCGCCAAAAGCUCAAAGGGGAGAAGGACGAUGAGGAAGAGAAGGAAGAAGAAGACAAAGAGAGCUAA